AGCUGAUUUUGUUUCGUGUCUUAUUUGUUUCUGACUAAAUUUUUGAUAGCCGACUUUCCGCCCACUUCUAAAAUAAUUAUAAAAAUUUAUACGCACGUUUGAGUAGAAUUCAUGCAAAGAACAUAGAUACAUAUACAUAGAGUACAUAUACCAGAGCAAUAUUGAUCCAAGGUUUACAAUAUGAGUUGGCGAAAAUUAGGAGGACACUUCUCUCUGUUCACAGCCGCGGUGGCAGUGGGUGGGAUGGCGACAACGACAUCAUUUGCAUAUAAGUCUAGAAGGGAUGUCGUCGUCACUGCGGCUGUGAUCCCCCAAAUGUCGCGAGAAGAGAGGCUUCGUACUAGCAUCGAGCGAGCGGUGACCCACUGCGAUGAUGUCCAGCGUCAUUUGGGGCUUCCUGGUCUCUCAGUAGCUGUGGCCGUUGAUGGGAACAUUGUGUUUCGACAAGGUAUGGGAUAUGCCGAUGUUGAAAAUAAGAUACCCAUGCGACCUGACACCGUCCUUCGAAUCGCCAGCAUAUCGAAAUCAAUUACGAUGGCCAUGCUGGCGAAGCAGAUGGAGGACGGAAAGGUCGACAUUGACCUUCCCGUCCAAACGUAUUUGCCAGACUUUCCAAAAAAGAAGUGGGAGGGGUCCGAUGUGACCAUAACUGUCAGACAUCUCUUGUCGCACAUUUCAGGCAUAAGGCACUACAGGAAGAAGGAGGAUAUAGAGAAAAAGAAGAAAUCAACAUCAGACUCGGAUUUUAAAGAGUUCUUUUGUCAAGAAGGCUGUGAGAGCGUAACAAAAGCUUUAGAGAUUUUUCAGAACGAUGAGCUUAUUUAUAAACCAGGGACCACAUACUAUUACACUACGCAUGGUUGGACCGUUGUUUCUGCUGUGAUAGAAAAAAUUACCAAAACUCCGUUUGAUAAACAUGCCAAAAGAAUGUUUCAAAUUUGGGGUCUUCAAAACACUUAUAUGGACGAGCAUAACCCCAUAAUUACAAAUCGGGGAAGAUAUUAUAGGAGAGAUAAAGAAAGCGAACUGAUAAAUGCUCCUUGGGUGGAUAAUUCUUGCAAGUGGGCAGGUGGAGGGUUCCUAUCGACGGUGGACGACUUGGUUAAAUUUUCGCACAUAAUGUUGUACUCCGCUCAACAACCUUUGAAUUCUAAUGGCGAUAAAAUGACUAAAGCAUUUCUGAAACGGGAAACUAUUCAGAAAUUGUGGACGGGGGACAAAGCAACUGCUGCUCCGUGCUGGGACAGUCUUUACGCCUUAGGCUGGGUCGUUGGCGACCCGUUUUCUCACUGCGUGGGGUGCAACUCGAGGGAGGAGAAGGUGGUGUGGCACAGCGGGGGCGCCGUGGGUGCGUCCUCCAUCCUCCUCAUUCAAUUCCCACCCAAGUCAGAUAGUUCAUCGAGUGAGAAAAAUACUGACACGAGUAACGUCGAAUGUGUAAGUGACCAGCACCAGAAGAUGAACGAUGGCAAAGUGAGGGGCAUUGUAGUAGCAAUGAUAACAAAUCUUCAAAACGCAAGUUUAACCCCAACUGCUGAAAAAUUGACACAAGAGUUUGCUUGGAUGAUGGAUUCUUGAUUCAAUUCUAUAAUAUUUAUGAUAUUUUUCGUAAGGUAAAUUUCAGAAAAACAUUCCAAUUUGUAUCAAUAUUUAUUUGGGUAGUCCCAAUUUUAUUGUGGUAAUGAAACCUUGUUAAUGAAUUGUGAAGGUUGAGCUAAUAAAUAAUUGUAACGAAA